CUCUCAAGGCAGAGUCUCUUCUCAAAGGCUGUUUCACAGUGAAAAUAUGCUCAGUGCAGCCGAGUGCAUGAAUGAAAAAGCCUCUGGUACCUUCUAGUCUGGCAAAAUGCAGCACAAAACUCAACUUACUCUGUCUUUUCUGCUGUCCCAGGUUCUGCUGCUUGCAUGUGCAGAAGAUUUAGAAUGCGUCCCUGGAUUCCAGCAGAAGGUUUUUUAUAUAGAAAAGCCAUUUCAAUUCACAGAGGACCAGCUGGUUCUGAACUUGAAAUUUGAUGACUGCAAUGGGAACAACAAACUGAAUUUUGAAGUUUCUAACCCAGAUUUUACAGUGGAACUUGAUGGGAAUUUGGUUGCACUCAAGAAUGUAUCAGAAGUUGGCAAAGCCUUGUUUGUCCACGCGCGGUCAGAGCACGCCGAGGAUAUGGCAGAAAUCUUUAUUCUUGAAGCAAAUGAAAAACGUGGUGCAUUAAAGGAAAUCUUAAAACUAGAAGGCAACCUUGGAAUUCCAAGACAAAAAAGGGCUAUUUUGGCAACUCCAAUAUUAAUUCCUGAAAAUCAAAGACCUCCGUUCCCCAGAUUAGUUGGCAAGGUCAUCAGAAGUGAAGGGACUGAUGGAGUGAAGUUUCGGCUCUCUGGGAAGGGAGUAGAUCAAGAUCCAAAAGGAAUUUUUAGGAUCAAUGAGAUGAACGGGGAUGUCUCUGUGACCCGAACCCUUGAUCGAGAAGCAAUUGCCAAUUACGAGCUGGAAGUUGAGGUGGUGGAUAUGAAUGGCAAAACCAUGGAUGGCCCGGUCCGCCUGGACAUCUCGGUCAUCGACCAAAACGACAACAGACCCAUGUUCAAAGAGGGUCCCUACGUUGGCCACGUCAUGGAGGGAUCUGCCACAGGGACCACGGUGAUGCGCAUGGCAGCGUUCGACGCCGACGACGCCAGCACGGACAACGCUCUGCUGCGCUACAACAUCCUGAGACAGACCCCCACCAAACCCUCCCCAAACAUGUUCUACAUCGACCCCGAGAAGGGAGACAUCGUCACCGUGGUGUCCCCUGCGCUGCUGGACCGGGAGACUAUGGAAAGCCCAAAGUAUGAGCUGGUCAUAGAAGCCAAGGAUAUGGGUGGGAUGGAUGUGGGACUGACAGGCACAGCCACUGCCACCAUCCUUAUCGAUGACAAAAAUGACCACGCACCAGAAUUCACCAAGAAGGAGUUCCAGGCCACGGUGAAGGAGGGGGUCACGGGUGUAAUAGUGAACUUAACUGUGGGCGACCGGGACGACCCCGCCACCGGGGCAUGGAGAGCUGUCUACUCCAUCAUUAAUGGCAACCCAGGGCAGAGCUUUGAGAUCCACACCAACCCCCAGACUAAUGAGGGAAUGCUCUCUGUUGUCAAGCCUUUGGACUACGAGAUUUCAGCCUUUCACACGCUGCUGAUCAAGGUGGAGAACGAAGACCCGCUGAUCCCAGACAUUGCCUACGGCCCCAGCUCCACUGCCACGGUCCAGAUCACGGUGGAGGAUGUGAACGAGGGCCCUGUGUUCCACCCGAACCCCAUGGCAGUGACCAAGCAGGAGAACAUCCCCGUGGGCAGCGUGGUGCUCACGGUGAACGCCACCGACCCGGACACUCUGCAGCACCAGACCAUCAGGUAUUCAGUGUACAAGGACCCAGCAGGGUGGCUGGAAAUCAACCCCACCAAUGGCACUGUUGGCACCACGGCAGUGCUGGACAGGGAAUCUCCUUUUGUGCAGAACAACAUCUACACUGCUCUGUUCCUGGCCAUCGACAGUGGUAACCCUCCUGCUACGGGUACAGGAACUUUGCACAUCACCUUGGAGGAUGUCAAUGACAACGUCCCAUCCCUUUAUCCAACACUGGCAAAAGUUUGUGAUGAUGCAAAAGAUCUCAGGGUAGUGGUUCUAGGAGCAUCAGACAAAGACCUUCAUCCCAACACAGACCCAUUCAAAUUUGAACUCAGCAAGCAAUCUGGCCCAGAAAAGUUGUGGAGAAUCAACAGGCUUAACAAUACCCAUGCCCAGGUCAUCCUGCUUCAGAACCUGAAAAAGGCCAAUUACAACAUCCCCAUCUCAGUGACAGAUUCUGGAAAACCUCCUCUGACCAACACCACAGAACUGAGAUUACAAGUGUGUACCUGCAAGAAAUCCAAAAUGGACUGCAGUGCAACUGAUGCUCUCCACAUCAGCCUGACCCUAAUCCUCCUUUCACUCCUCAGUUUAUUUUGUCUGUAAGAAUUCCUGCCAUUUGAAGCUGUCCUACCGAGUUGCCAUGGCAACGAGAAGAAGGAAAAAAAAAAAAAUAACCCCAUCAGAUCUGAAGAUUGCAGUUUACAAUUACUGUUCUUCACUCCUCGGCCUCAGUUGCUCCAGUUUAGUUUGCAAUCUCACUCAAUCUGUCCGACUGUACCUUGGUGUUCGACAGCCUCCACCCCUGUGCCCUCUGUCCCUGGAUUCCUCCUGCAGGACACAAGGUUUCCUCAAAAUUUUCUCUGAAUGUUAAAAGACCAUGACAUCCAAACCCGACCUUGGGGGAGCAGAAAAAAAAAAAAAAAAACCAACAAAAAAACCAACAAACCAGAUUGACUCCAUUUUUUUCUAUCUGUUGACUUGUUGCUAUUCAACUGUUCAGAAAAUAUUUUGUCUGUGGGUUAGUAUUUGUAUAUGUAUGAGUGUAUGUAUAUAUAUAUAUUUAUAUAGAGAGAAGAGUUAUACCACAGGUUUAGCUUUUAUAAAAUGUUCAUCUGGAGCGUGAGAAGGGAGGGAGCAGAAUAACAGAGCCACAGAUGAAUUGUAGCUGUCCCACCACGCCUAAACCUGCUGGGUUUGCUGUUCAGAGCGUGGCCAGGAGCAGCCAGCCCGUGGCCACCCCGGGCUCUGCCAUGGCCCUUCUCGUACCUCAGGUUCAGCAAACAAGAAAUGCAAGUCCCCAGGGCUUGUUCCUGAUCUGAGCUGGCCCCAGAGGGAGCUGAGGAUGCAGGAGGAGCAGCCGGGUGUGAGCCAUGCACAGCUCAGCCCGAGUCGAGGGGCUGGAGGGCUGAAACUGUCACUGGGACAGGUGACAAAAUGUUUUCAGCAGCUCUGCAGGUGAGAUGAGUCCAAGCGAGGCUCAGCGUUUGCCAGAGCACUGCUCUCUGUCUCUGUGCCAGGAGCAGCACAGGUGCCCUGUUCUAUAAAUCCCCUCACAAACACACAGAUCCAUCGUUUUGGGUAUAUAUAUACAUACAUACACACGUACACACAGUUUCCAGUGAAGAGUAACAAGAGCAUUUCUUUGUGUGUGUGAACUUACCACACCUGUUUGCAGACAUGGGAAAAAAGGGUGUUUGUUCUCUAUGAAUAUGGAUCCUUUUUUAUUCUGUGAGCAUGUAAGGUCAAAAAAAAAAAAAAAAAUUCCUUCUAACUGUACGAAGAUGAUCAUCUUGUUAAUAAACUGUAAAUGAUCCAUCAAAGCUCACACCAAAUUUUUAUAAAAUUAACACAAAAAGUAUACUAGUGACAGACUGUGGCUUUUAUUAGAGCUUGCCAGUAACUAGGGUAAGGUAAGUGUCUUAGAAUAUUUUAAUAAACUUGCUUAUUUAAAGUUUAAACAAGAAAGCUUCCUUAUGCAAUAGAACUUUGCAGCUGCAUUCUUUAGUUAGCAUUUUUACAGUACUUAUGGGUCAUACUCAAUGGCAUCCUUACCACAGUGAGAUUAUGAGCAUAUCUUCCACACCACCUAUAUGUUUCAAUAGUAAAGAUUUUUGGAAACAUUAAAAAUAAGUCCAGACAUACAUUUAGUUUCCCAUAAUGCUACACUAGAUAUUAAAUGUGUGUUGGUGGUUAAAAUUUGCUGUACAAUAGCUUUUCUCCGAAUUCCUGUAUUGUACCAAAUAUGAAACAGGUCCUUUUUUUUUUCCUUUCUUCCCUUUUUUUUUUUAUUUUAAUCAAAAGGAGUAAUAACAACAGCGACAGAGGAAAAAUGAGUUUGUGUUGUGAGCUAUCCUAACGUUGGAGAUUUCUUGAUAAGAUAUGAGCUGCCUUCAGACCUGUUUUUCUCUUCCAGCUUAACUCCUGCAGUCUUGACCAAGUGAAAUCUCCCCUGGUGCCUCUGUGGUCACCAAAGUGGCACUUCAGGGUCAGUGGGAGUUGGUCAGGGACACCAGGAGUGGCUUUGGCAGCUUCAGGAUCCCAGCAGGGAAGUGCCAAACAUUAACAGGGGCACGCUUCUCAUCCUCUCUCCCUGCCCAUGCCUUGUACUGACCCCAUGCUGCUGCUUUGCCAUCAACAACCACGUCUUUUUUUAUAUAUAAAAAAUAUAUAUAUAUUAUUUUCAAGCAAAUUUUUCCAAAAGGAACGAUUUAACUACUGUAUGGCACCUCUGGAAUUCCAGCGUGUAUGUUCAAUGAAUGCACCCAAAGAUAUUCUGCACCCUGUGCUUUGAGCUACAAAACCUCUAUCUUGAAUAAAAGAAAUUAUAUUACCCUCCCCCACAAAUACUCUUUUCUACUUGCUUUUUUUUCCUCUCUCCACCCAGCCAAACCCACUUUUGGAAAGACCCCCCCUUGACUUUGGUGUCAUUUCUGUCAAAUGCCAGAAAAAUCUGCCCUUCCCUGCUUUAAACCAAGGCUCACAGAGCAUUUGGUGAAUCAUUCCAAGGACAGUCAAAAGAACAAAGAGAAAACUCUUCUGCCUGGAGCUAGCCUAACAAGGAGAAGACUCUUCCUACCACCCUGUGCCCAAGGAUAAGAUCUUUAUUCUUGGCUCCACUGCAAAAUUUUGAUGUGCAGAGAGGUGAGAGUCUGGCUGAAGCUUUGACCCGAGGUUCAUCCAAGGCUCCAUUCCCAUUUUCCCUUUAUUUCUGCUCCCACAUUAAAGCCUCCCAGCCUUUCCCAAGCGUCCCAGGCUGCACAGGGAGCCCAUCCCUGGCCUGCCCGAGCCUGCCAGGAGAAGAUGAAGCUGCCAUGUUAAUGUUUCUCCCCAGUGAGCACAGACCGUGGCACGUUGACACUGUGACACGAGCAAGGGAGCACAGCAGAAUCUGAGUUUUCCUACCUGAAUAAAAGGGUACCUCUGGUUCAAAAAAAUGAUGUCCAUUUCCUGAAACAAAGGAGCAACAGUGAUUUAUCCAUUUUUCUACGAUAGAGUGAAAAAGCAGAACAUUUACAAAAGUGGUUGCAUUAUUUUCUAAUGGUUGACUAUGUUUAACAUUUGUUCAGCCAAGCUUGCUGUUUUUAUAACAUAUCUCUUAUUCCUACCCAGCUAUUUUAGUCCCACCAACAUUUACUUCACUCUGUAUUUGUAGAUAUAUAAAUGCUGCCUAGAGUUGGAAAAGCAGUGAACUUGUUGAUUAUCAUUUUGUAACAUGCAUAAAACUUUUUAUUUGUAAAAGUCAUUUCACUUGAAAAGGCAAUGUGCUGUUGAAACAAAAAUUGGGAAUAACAAUCAGAGAGAGGAGUUUAUUAGCAAGAGAAAGGUCUCAUUUUUUUGAUGUGCUUGCUAAUUGAACCCUGGUCUGUGCUCCUCGUGUGUGCUUUUCCAAUAUUUAUUAAUGUCCAUUUUGUUCAGUAGCUGUAGUUCUAAAGAGUGAAAAAAAGAUAGAUUAGCUGAAUUUCCUGCUGGGUGUGAAGGAAAAUUAGGUAAGGGUGGAACACUGGUAACAUUCCCUGAGCCCCAUUCUCAUCAUGUUUACACUGCUGGAAAUCAAACAGCAGCUCCAUCACCAGAACUGAGAUUCAAUUAAUCAGAUUUAGGUGAAAUUUUACCUCCCCACAUGUUGCUUUUUGCUGGUUGGCUGUGAACAGGAAAGCUGCAAUAUUUGUCACAGGAUUGCUGAGUGCUCACACAGGAUCAGAAGUCUGGGGUUGGGACACCCACAGGUCACUCCUUCACUGAGCAUCUGGAGGUGUCUCUAAAGCUCCCUGAGUAAUUUCAUUUAACCUUUAUCUGAAAUGGAUGGGGUCAAAUAAUUUAUCCUGUUCUCUUACAUAGUCAUUUUUUUGGAUCACUAUAAUGUAAACCUCAUUUAUUAAAUUAUGGAGUUACAAGCAGUUUGUAGGGCCCUAUCUUAAAUGCCUUAUCACUACAAAAAAAAAUCUAUUAUAGUGACAACUUUUGUCUUUCCUUUGCAAAGGCCUCUUGUCUGAAAAACUGAGAAAGCUGCCAAUAUUCUUCUCAAAUUAACUAAUUGUUACUAAUUCACUCGGAGCAGAAUUCUGUACACAAAUAAUUUUACAUCACUUGAUCUAAAGGCUAAGUUGCUUUUGGAAUAGGUUUAAAAAUGUUAUUUAAUUUACAAAAUUAAUGAUCUUAAAGUCACAUUGGCUUGAGAACACCAAGUCUAAAGCAAAACUCUGCUCCUGUCUUGCCUUCAUUGCAUCUCUAGAAACUCUGUUGUCUGAGAGAUCCAGUCCAGUGCUAACACAAAGAAAAAUAAAAGAGCCAUUAUUUCCUUCCAGUUAACUCCACACUCCAUAAUCUUUAGAAGUAACAUGCAGUGCACAUUAGUAAUUAUCAUUAUAACUAUUCUCUUUAAGGCAGAUAGAGCUGAGUCUUUCCUGCACCAAGCACAUCACCCACUGCCUGCCCUGCUCUGCCUCUCACCAGGACACACGAGCUGGUUUGGGUUUGUCCCAGUGGGAUGGAUGCACUCCCCCACUCUCAGUGGAAAGUUUCUAGUUGCACAACUGCUAUGUGUGUAUAUAUGUAGAUAUAUAGAGAUAUACACAUAUAAAUAUAUAUAUAAUAUAUAUGCAGGUGGGAGGACAUUUAUACAACAUGGGGACUUGGAAUAAGCAGUUUAAUUCCCUCAAUUAGGGAUUAAUUCAUGAGAUAAGGGACAGCAUGGGCUACAUGUACUGAACCAGUCUGAUUAAAAGCAAAUAAAAAAGGCAAAAAGCCCACACACUAAACUCCAGGCUUGUCUCAACUCUCCUGUUGUAUUUCUGCUACCUUGAGCUGUCCCCUCAUACCACAAUUAUAUCAUUUGAAGAUAUGCAUCAUUGUUUACUGACUCAUUUUUAGUUGUCUGUGGAUCAGCAGGUCACCAAUAAUGGAAGGAGGUGGGUUUAGAACCAGAAUUCCUCAUUCCCGAGCUUUCAGUGGGACAGCUGUUUGGGAAGGUUUCAUCCAGCCUUGAACAUUACACUUCUCCUCUGCAUCUGCAAGUGGCUGCACUCCUCAAUUUGGGGUGAAAUGAAUGAAGUCUAGAGCCAGGCUGGGUGCUUGGAUGUGCACACACCCCCUGCCUGGGGCUGAGGAAUAAAUCCGUGUCUGGGGGACUGUGAUGGGGAACUCAGCACAAAGGACUUGUGUUGUUACUGCCCUUUCAGCCAGAACCCUCCUGUAAAAACACAUCUACCCCAUAACAACCUCUGUCCCUUUAAGUUACCAUCAAGAUUAUUUUUAUGAUUUUUUUUUCCUUUUUUAAUAGUCCAAGCAAGGAGGAAAAUAUUUUGUUUGAUUUUCAGGAUGCUUAAUCCAGCUACUUUUCCAGGUAAUCAUUCCUUUGGGCCCUAGUUGCUGAAUCGCUUGCUGUUUCUGAGGUGUAAAUAAACGUUUUGAUUUAUGACGUGGUUGCAAAGAAACUUGUAAUUUAUUUGUGAAAUGCUCAAAUAAAGGAUGUAUGGGCUUUUA